AUGAAUAAGCUGGCUGAAAGGAGAAUUCUUUGGAGAGAUCUGGAGGAUAUCAGUAAGAAUCAGGUUGGCCCUUGGGGGAUUAUCGGGGACUUCAACAACGUGUUGUCCACCAGAGACAGAAUUGGUGGCAGAGAUGUGAUGGAAGCUGAAUUUGCGGAUCUGAGGCAGAUGAUGGAUGAUUGUGGGCUGGCAGAAAUGGAUAGUGAGGGGGAGUUCUACACAUGGUUUAAUAAACACUCUGAUGACCCUAUUUAUUCAAGAAUAGAUAGGAUUAUCGGGAACAUUGAAUGGAUGCAGAAGCAUAGCUCCUCCAAAUUAACAGUAUUGGCUCCUAAUGUAUCUGACCAUGGCUGUCUGUAUUUGAAGGAUAACAAUCACACUCCCCUGCAGAGAUACCAAUUCAAAUUCAGUAACUGCCUUACGAAUAUGGAGGGAUUCCUUCAAACGGUUUCAACUAGCUGGAAUAAACCUUUGAAAGGAAAACCUAUGAGUGUCUUGUGGCAUAAACUUAGGAGACUGACCCCUAUCCUAAGGAAGAUGAGUAAGCCUCUGCAGGGUAUACAGAAAAAGAUAGAAGACACAAGGAACAAGCUUCUGCAGGCUCAAAUGGAACUUAGCAAAGACAGAAUGAGUAGAGCCAAGAUUGAACAGGAGAAAUAUUAG